ACGGGUUCAAGUGAUGGAAGAAUUGUACGUUACUGUAGAUAUCAAUGACGAAGAUUCUGCUGAUGUUGUCGCCCCUGGACGAAUUACUAAUGUUGGUAUAUAUCACAUUGUAAAAGAAACGUCCGUGUACGGAGAGAAUAGAAAUUUCACAAUUAGUUGGACUGCAACCGGUGAUGAUAGAAAUCAGGGACGCGCAUCAUCUUAUAUAAUGCGGGUUUCUGAUGACUUCGAUGCGCUUUUAAACAAUUUUGACUCAGCUGCCAUAUUGAACAUGACACACACAAGUCUUAUACCUCAAAAGGCUGGUCAAACGGAAGCAAUAAAGUUUGUUGUAGACGCUGAAAAGUCCUACACCGAGACUACAUUUUUCGCUAUACAAGUAGUUGACGAUGCUGGAAACCGAGGGGCAGUGUCAAAUAUCGUUUCGAUAGUAGUUGCAAAAGUAUACCGUCUGAAAGCAGAGCCAGGAACAUUGAAUAUAAAAAGUGAUGAAAUAGCUAUAAUCACAGAAAAUGACAGUAUCGCGGGCAUAAUUGUGGGCACUGUUGGCGGGACAAUAUGUGGUGUGAUAAUAUGCGGUAUGAUUGUGCUAUUGAGGAAACGUCUGAGAUCAAAGAGUGUUAAGAAUGACAUCGCUUAAGAAGAAUAUGUACGAAGAAUGGAGUUUGACACUUGAAUGAGGGGAAAAAUUAACAAUUUUGAAAAAAAAAUGGUUCAAAUGAUUACACAAUUCAUUUUGCCGUCAAUAUAUUAAUCAUCAUUUACAUUUAACAAAAUUCAAAAUCAUCAUAUACAAUAUCCGCAUAAUCUUAAUUAACAACACAAUCAUCUUCAGUA